AGAAAUAUUAGAAUGGAAGCUUAAAUGUCUAAAUUGAUUAGAAAUAGUACAUAGAAGGGAAGCUUGAUUGAUCCUCAAGGGAUUCUGGGAGUUUGAAGAGUGUUGGCUCAUUUGAACACUCCGUCAAUGUAAGUCUAUGGGAUUUUUGGUGGCUUUGAUAGUCUGGUUUACGAAAACCGUAAGCCGGAUCAGUCUGAAAAGAUACAGCACACUGAGACAGACCAGUCUGAAGAUCUGGACCGAGUUUGGUGGUUCUAGCUUGAAAGCUCUAGGAGGAGACAGAUACCGAAAUUUGGCUCAGAAGAAGAAGAAUAAUAAUAUUCUUAAAUAGUAGAUCAGUAAGUUUGCUUUCUCAAGCCAACUUAACAAUCAAUCACGUUGUGAUAAUCCGCAUAUAAAUAGUAAAUGUAUUGGUACAAACUAUGGGGGAAUGAAAUUAAAUGUAUUAACGGGAAGAUAUUGUAUGGUUAUUCACCAAAUUAUAUGCAUAUAUGAGUUAAUUAUGAAAAACUAUUUCCUGAAUCCUUCUCCAUGAAUGGCCUCUUGACGUCGCUCACACGUCCACGCGCGUGACAUCACGUCCAUUCACACGCGCUGAUUUGACGGGAAUUACUCGACUUCCGGUCGAGGAACAACACAAGAGACUUCCCUGCGGCAGCGGAGACGCACAAUAACAAAGCCAUGGGAGAAAUGUCCGGCUUCGAGAACAGACUGCAGUCGUACUCGUCCACACAGCUGCACGAACUGCUGGAGGACGAUGACAAGCUCCGGAAAAUGGUCGGGGAGAUGGAGGAGAUGCAGGAAAUGCAGCAGAAUAAAGAGCUGACGAUCGCCAGUAACCGCAGCCUGGCGGAGCAGAACCUGAGCCUUCAGCCUGAACUGGACCAUCAGAAGAUCCAGCUGACCAAACGCUACUGCUGUUUACAAGACCUGCACGAGUCCUACCAGUUCCGCAGGUCCACGCUAGGUAACAGUUCACUAGACACAUUGUUGGCUCUUUUGCAAACCGAGGGAGCCAAGAUUGAAGAAGAAACAGAGAACAUGGCCGAUUCAUUCUUGGAUGGAUCCUUGCCUCUGGACAGCUUCAUCGAUGACUACCAGAGCAAGAGGAAGCUGGCGCACCUCAGGCGUGUGAAGAUCGAUAAACUACAGGAAAUGGUGCUGAAGGGUGUUCAUCUUCCUCAGGGUUCCUCUAAUGAUCCUCUGAAACCUCAGGAGACCCAUAACUCCACCGCACCUUUCCAAAGGCUAGCGAACGGUUCUCCAGCUCACGUAAGACCCGCACCAACAUCUCAGCCAUCAGCCAUGCCUUACAACCCUCAAAACGUCGGUGCUCCUCUGCCAAACAUGGUGCCAUCAUAUUCAUACCCAUACCCACAAGCACUCCCUCAAGGACCCGGUGCUGGUCUUCCCCCGCGGGCAGGUUUUAUAAUGCAAUGAUGCUCUUCUGCCUGAACCUUUCCACUGGAAUGUGAAAUGUCAUUUUCCUCCUUUUUCUUUAGAUGCACUUUGAUCGUAAAAAGGUUUGGGUUUCUGCAGGUCCACAAAGAAUCUGUGCCCACAGAAUUCAGAUGUUUCUCUGCCACCUGUAUGUAUUAUAUAAUGGUAUGAUUUUUUUUCUCACAUAAUCAAUGCAGAAAGGUCUACAGAUUUCUUGUGGACCUGCCUGUUGGUUAACAAUAUAUUAGUUUCGGUAAGAUGCGUUAAGAUGAUUAGGAUUCAAAAGUGAAUGACUUCUAAACAAUGGUGGUAUUGCAUUUCUCAUGUAAAUAUCCUAAUUUAACUGAGAAAGAUAACCGAGACUGAUUUGAAAAUAGAUCCUUAUGCACACGUAAGACAAGUUUACUGUGUACUUUUAUAUUUUGUGAGAAAACCUUCCUAUUGUCGCUGUAACGAUGACAGACGAUAUUGGCAUUUUGGACUUCUGGCUUAAAAACUGACCAAAGAUGCACUCCACCUGUUCUCUGAGCGCUCCGUUAAGUGGUUUUGACUAUAGUGGCUUUGUUGGACUUCAUUUUUGUGGCAUUAACAGACCAGCCUGAGAGUAAGUCUGCUAUAGAAAGACUUUGUUAGUGUUAAUCAGACUUUAGUAAACGAAACUGAAACAAACUAUCCUUAAACAGCAACCAUAUUAAAUAUAAUAGAACUAUUAUAUUAUUAAAAUAAUCAGAACACUGUUUACAGCAUUUCUGAUAUGUAAAGUGAUCUAUUUUGGCACUAUAUUUCUGAUGAAAUCUGAGAAGUGCAGGUACUUUGAUGUAAAAACUGUCAUGCUGGGUUGUGACAAUUCUUGUGCACGUUUUAUAUGAAGGAUGUUAUUAUGCAAGACUGUAAAGUUAGAGAGUAAAGUCACUUACUGUGUACUGAUGUAAGUACAGGUAAAAGAAAUCAAAUGUGCCUUGCAACAGAACAAACAAGUGACGUUGAACGAAGAAAGCAUUUAAUCGCACCGUCGCUGUGCUUUGAUAAAUCCUCGAAGCCAUCUUUAACUUUCUGUUUCUGAAGACAAUUAAUGGUGCAGAAUCCUUUUGAACUAUUUUAUCUGUAGUGUGGUUAACUUGUAACACUCCUUAUGUAAAGUACUGUACAUUGUAGCUGUUUGAUUAGUGGCUAUUGGUGACUAGAUUUUUUUAAUGCUGAUUAAUAAACGCCUAAAAGA